GCGAUUGGAAAACAGCAGCAUGCGCUGGUACUGCGUCUCGCCGUCCUUGCCGCGGGGCGCGCAGCUGCGCGUGCGAGCGGCGCCGAGCGCGUCCGCGGACGAAACCUCGGCGCUGCGCCUGAGCAUCUCGGACGUCAUCGCGGUCACGUCGGCCCCGACGCCCGGCCGCCCAUGGCUCCGCAUCCUCUGGCAGCAGCAGGAAGGCCAUGUGAUGGCCACGACCCCCGAUGACAUGCCACUGCUCGUGCCAUGGGAGACGACGGCGCUCGAGCACAUUGUGUUCGCCUACCCCGAGACGCCGCUGCGCCACGCCAAGACGGACGAGCAUUUGCUGCUCGAGACCGACGCCUACCUCGGCGUGAUUGCGACGAGCGAGGAUGCGACGCUCCUCGUCAUGUACCAAGGCGACCAGUUCUACGUCCGCGCAAGCGAUACAGUUGCGAUGGCCGAGCGCAUUGCCGACGGUAUGCGCUUCCUCAUGAACCCGACGCUGCCCGAGAACGCGACGAUCGUCGUCCGGCAGUGGCCCGACCGCGAGAGCGACCAAGUCGACGUCAUUACGCAGCACCAAGAAGUCGCGGGCGAGAUUCGGUCCGGCGACUGGAUCAAGCUCCACGAGCAAGCGUGGGUCAUGUGGAAGCUCUCGCACCACAACAACCUGCAGCUUUUGCAACCCGCCCACAUAGUUCUGCAACAGACGCUCGUGCUGCAUGAGAACGACGACAUAGACACGGCAAGCGACGCGCCACCUGCGAUGAGCGAACCGGCACCAGCAGCAGACGAACGCCAGUCAAUCGACGCCGACGAACGACCUCCGCAGCCAGAGCUCGCAAAGCACGAGUCGUGGGACGAUCGGCCCAUUCGACCGGCCGGGCCCGAAAAGAUGGCGUCGCUCAUUGCAAAGUCCGCGGCGCCGGUUGCCGCAUCUCCCGUCUCGUACGAUGACCGCCCGAUUCGAGCGCCAUCGACGAGUCCUCCGUCGAUCGUUGACGAACAGCUCGACCCAGCACCUAUGCACAACGAGCCGACAAUCAUGGAUGAUGCACCGGCGUCAUCACCCACUGCCGUCGCCGCGUGGGACGACCGACCGAUCCGCAGCGCACCUGCCAACGACGCUGCAGAAAUGGUUGUCGAGACGGCACAGGCGUGGGACGAACGGCCUCUUCAACCCGCUUCUACCUCGUGGGAGGACCGACCGAUCAAGCCAGCGCCAAAUGCCUUCUUGGACGAGCGGCCCAUUCAACGAGCGAUGGAAUCCUGGGACGACCGUCCGAUCAAACCUGCGUCGGUGGUCGAGAAGGAACUCGAGGAGCAGCCCGAAACGACGUCCAGCCACUCGGCGACGCCCAACCAAAGCCCGACACAGGCUGGCUGGUCGUUGUCGAUGGACCCGCCGCAAGAAGCUAUGGCAUCCGAAAGCCCAAGGGUCGAUGCGGCGCGGGCAACGAGUAGCCCACCGAUUAGCGGCUUGCUCGACGUCGACAAGAUCGUGUCGCGCGAGACGCGCUCGAGCAGUGCGUGCAGCGACUGGGAGCCGCUCGUAUUGCGUCGCCGGUGCUCGUUUGAAGAAGACGCGCCGAUUGUCACCAACCAAGUGCCUGACUUUGCGGCCGCGCACGCCGAGGACGACGACGACUCGUCGUUGCCCAAGUACGCAUCCCGCUUGGACGAGAUGCUGGCCGAGCUCAGCGACGUGAGCAUGAUGUGGCUGCUCCAGCUCGACCUGCUCGAAGAGCUCUUCCAUUACUUGGAGCUCCACGGGCUCAGCGUCCCGGACAUGAAGCGCACAAUGGAGAUGCUCGAGAUCAAGGCCAGCCAUGCGCUGCACGCCAAGGUCCUUCCGUCCUUUCUACGACUCAUGCCGUUUGUCAAGAGCUUCAUGGCGUCAGCGGGCGACCUCCUCGCUCCGCACAUGGAGCACUUGCUGCCGCCCUUCUUUGCGCUCUUCCAAGAGCGAUCCAAGGGCGCGGUUGCAACGCUCGAGACGCAUCUACACGACUGGUUCGACAUUCUCGACAUCAUCUUGGUGCUCAACAGCCUCGAGACGGCCAUCGUCGAUUUGCACAUGACGGAGCUGGGGACUGCGCGCCUUGUCACGUGGUUUGCGAGCGCGAUGCCACGCACCAAAGGCGUCCCAAGGGCCAGCCCGCGCCUCUGCGACGCCCUCGUACAGCUUACGAGCCAUCGCGCGACCAAGGUUCGCGACGCGUCGACGCAGAUCUUGACCAACAUCCUCGGCCAUUACGACGGCGCGUCGAUCCCGUCCUGGCUCGCAAGCGGCGCCCCCGAGACGCUGGCAGAUAUCGUUGCCGACAAGUUUCCGUCGGUUCCCAUCGUGGCGUCGCCACCAAAGCCGGUGGUCGUCAACGACGACGAAGCGAUGCUUGCGCCCCCCAAGCCUCGAAGCUCGCUGCUAAAAGGCAAGGGUCUCGAGCGCAAGGCCAAUUUGGAGAAAAGCGGCGUGCUCAAGCCAUGGCAGCGCACAAAGCCGGACGCGGACCAGCGACAAGCGGACGCACCGCCUCCAGUUGACAGCGCCGCGCCGCCGCCGACGGUCGUUGCGUCGUCGGUGAUUGAGGCAGCUAGCGUCGAUGGGACGGACGGGGCGACGAGCAAAGCGACACCGAUGGCGACCAAGCCAUGGGUGCGAAAAGCGGUCGGCCAGGACACGCCUGCAACCAGCAGCGGCUCUGGUGCCGUGGUCACAGCAGAGAAUGAUGACGCGAGCGUGAACGCAUCGACGGCCAAGCCGUGGUUGCGCAAGAAAGCGGCGCUGUCGCGCGACGUCAAUGGCGAUGAUGAUAUCGUAGUCGCGGCACCGCCCAAGUCGUGGCAACGGCGGGUCGCAACGAUGAAGGACGAGCCGACGCCGGUGGUGGAUGCGUUCCCAGUGGACGACGCGUCAGCUUCUGAUGACAUUGAGCUGCAACCAACGCUUGCAGACGCAGAGACACUGACACCUGUGACGGACGAGAAACCUCUGAUCGACACGGUCCCCGAGACGCCGACGAUCGAGACGCCGACGAUCGAGACAGAGACCACCGAGACGGAAGAAGCACCAGCUGACGAGAGCGUGGACGUCAACAUCUUGGACGUCAGCGCCGAAGACCUCGUGAUCUUUGACGAUGACCAGCCCGCCAUCGAAGAAGCCAACCCAGUGCUCGGCGACGUCAUGCCUUUGGACGCAGCUGGGUUUCGCGAAGAAGAGUCCGCGGAUGAAGACGUCGGUGCCAAGCAAAGCUGGUUCUUUGUCGAUGAACAGGCCGACGAGGACGCAGACGACGAUAGCGACGGGCCUCCGCGACGUCCUGCGGUGCUCGGUGACAGUGACAGCGAAGGCAGCAUCCACGCCUUGUCAUGGGAGGCGUCUCCACGCGUGACGGUGCCCGUGCUUGGUAACACGGUCUACGACAUCCUCGGCAGCCACCCGCUCGAGUACUUUUCCCUCGAGCCGCCCUCCGAUACGGCCGUGCUCUCCCACCACAUUGUCGACGCCCAAGUGUACGAUACACCCGACGAGAGACCGGCCGACGAAGACAUCAUCGACGCGAUGGCUCCAGCGGCGACCGAGGGCGCGACGACUGAGCUGGUCCCAGCGGCCGUGGAGGUUCCCGUCGAGAACGAUGAAGUAGCCACGGACGACGUAUCGCUGCCUUCGAUCGACCUCACGACCGAUGACGAUGCUGUCGUCGAUGCCUUUGAGAUCGAAGCCAACGCGCCUUUCGACGAUGUCAAGGAGGACGAAGCCAUCACGAUUUACGAAGACAGCCGCGUGGAAACACCGCGCAGUGAGCCGGUCGACGACCUCGAUGAGAUGUGGCCGACGAUGGACCACGAGGAGGACGCGCCCGGCAAGGAUGCGGCGGAAACAUUCCAGCUCGAAGUGCAUGACGACGUUGCGACGAGCGAGGACGAGGCGUCGUCACGCCACAGUUUCUUCCGCGGGCGCUUUGCCAGUGAUUUUGACGAAAUGUUCCCGGAAGACGACGAGUACCUCGAGCGCGUCGACGACGGCUGGAGUCGCGUGCACAGCCGCCGUAACAGCGAUGUGUCGAGUGGCGGCGUCGAGUGGCCCAAGCACGACGCUCCUUUGCCGCGGGCCUCGAUCGUCGAAGAAGGCAACGAAGAAGGCGACGACGAGACCGAGCCGUUUGAGCCCGAGGCGAUCGACCGCGCCGGGUUCUUUGAUGGUUUCGAGACGGAGUUCCCGACGUCGUUGGACGCCCACGACGCCAUGGAAGCGCUCUACGUGCCGCUUGGCUGGUGGAUCCAAGACUGUCAUGACCUCCUCGCAUCCUCCGAGUACGACUCGCAGGCGUCGCUGGCCGAGUUUGACAGCGCAUUUUGCAUGCUGGAUGUAUCGUUUGCGCACCUCGAAGGCGACGACGACGCCUUCUUCUGGGACGACCCGAUUGGCGAUGACAUUGUCGUGUCACCCUCCGACUGGGCUGCCGUCGUCGCGUACCAGCUCAACUGGCAGCGCGCGAAAACCGCGCUCCUCGAUGACUUUGCGACCGCGAUCGAGAUGGUUUUGCUGCGCGACCGGCAGCGCAAGGACGACGAGGCGGCGUGGGCUGCAGCCAACGACGCGCCGACCGAGCAGCGCUCCAAGUCGAUGACGGUGCGCCGGUCGUCGGUGUACGGGUCGCUCCCCAAACGACGGUCCGAGACCACCCUGCAAAAACCCACGUCGUUGGCGCCGACGCCGUCGGCACUGCACAUGCCGCCGCGCAUUCGCACGUCCAUAUCGACGACCAACCGCACGCCGUCCGAGACAUCGUCGACGACGUCAUCGCGCCCCGAGUCGCCCGUCUCGUCGCGGUCGGGCUCCCCGAAAGCGCUCAAGAAGAAACCCGAGUCGCCGCGCCCGUCGUUGACGAUGCCACGGACACGCGCGUCGUCAAGUGCUGUGCCCAAUGGCGUGCGCAAGCCCAUGACGGCUUCGGCGCUCGCACCGCCAACGCGCUCGCUGUUGCAGCCGCCGACGACACCAACCCGGUCGCGAAGCGUGAGUGCGGCACCGCAGAUCGCUGCGACACCGCGCUUAUCGACGACGGGACUGCGGCCGCCCGGCAAAUCAUUGACGUCGUCGCUCCGAGCCCCCGCGAGUCGCAUGAGCCUCCCCAAGCCCGUGACCAAACUGUGAAUGAACGUAGCUACUCCCUCUUUUUCUAUCGCACAGCCGAGUGGGUGAGCUCCCAUGU